GAAUGUGAGUCUCAGGAGCUACGUGGACAGCCACCGUGCUCUCUGCUACCUUUGUCACUGCAGCUGCUGCCCCACUUCAGGCCAAGGACAUGGACAAGCUGUUGUUUUGUGUCUCUGUCCUCACCAACCUCCUGGGAGCCUUCGCUCAGACAGACCUCAGUGGAAAGGUAUUUGUGUUCCCCAGAGAAUCUUCUAGUGAUUAUGUGAAUUUGAUCACACAGCUGAAGAAGCCUCUGCAGAACUUGACCUUGUGUUUGCGAGCCUAUAGUGACCUUUCCCGCCCCUACAGCCUCUUCUCCUACAACGCUCAGGGCAAGGAUAAUGAACUACUAAUUUAUAAAGAAAAAGUUGGACAGUAUAGUCUAUAUAUUGGACGGAGCAAAGUCACAGGCAAAGUGUUUGAAGACUUCCCUGCCCCAGUACACAUCUGUACCAGCUGGGAGUCCUCCUCAGGCAUUGCUGAAUUUUGGAUCAAUGGGAAACCUUUGGUGAAAAAGGGUCUGAGGCAGGGAUACUCAGUGGAACCUCACACCAAGAUUGUCCUGGGACAGGAGCAGGAUUCCUUUGGAGGUGGUUUUGAUAGGAGCCAGUCCUUUGUGGGUGAGAUCGGAGAUUUGUACAUGUGGGACUCUGUGCUGUCUCCAGAAGAGAUCCAGUUUGUGUAUCAGGGUUCCUCUCUCAAUUCUAAUAUCCUGAACUGGAGGGCUCUAAACUUCGAAGUAAAUGGUUAUGUUGUCAUCAAGCCCCUGGUGUGGGCCUGACCCUAUACCUGUCGCUUUUUGAAUUUCCUAUCUACAUAUUUGUCUAAUAAAAAAAUGUAUUAUGCCACUUGCA